AUGUCUAACCUACAAGAUCAUCCUGGCAGCCCUCCAGCACCAUCUCCCUCAAAUUCAUCCUCAUCUACUCCACCAAGUGCAUCUCCAAAACCUAGGUUUCGAAGGCAGAAAAUGCUUGCUCGAAAAACUGUAGCAUCUGGGGCUUUGAGGAAGGUUUUAAAUGAAAGGUUAAAAGUUAGCCAAGUGAAAGAAAGCCCAGAUCCAAAGUCUGAUUCUAGCUCUGAGUACGAAUCCUUUCAAUCCGCGACUGAGGGAGAUGGACACGGGUCUUCUGGCUCUAAAAAGACUCAAGAAUCUCCUUCUGAGGUAAGUUCUUCUAUGGUUGAAAACUUAGAAACUAGGUUUGUUCCGGUUGAACCCAUUAGGGAUGUUGAGUUGCCUGAGAUGAGUAGGAGUGGAGGUUGGGCAAGUUAUGACCCAAAGAAACGCAAAGCUAUUGCAUCAAAAGUCCUAAAUGUUACCAAGCCAUCCAAGAAAAGAAAAGCCUCAUCCCCUACACCUACUGCCUCUUCAGUGCCUAGGGGUAGAGCCACAAGAAGUAGGGUAAAACAGUGUGAAGCUAAUCUACAAAAGGCUUUAGAAGAAAGCAAGAAAAAGAAAAAGGAUAGAGGAAAGGGAAAGGUUGCAGAAUCCUCAGAGGCUUUUGAGGAAGAAGAGAUGGAACUGGUCCAUCAAGAGAGGGGUACAACAAUGGAGGUUACUACACCCAAGCCUAAGAAACCCAAGACUUCCUCUAAGAAGUCCUCCUCUGUGCCUAUAGCUGCUGAACCCACACUAGCUAAGAGGACAAGAGCUGCAGUGAAAGCUAAACAAACCAAAAUGGAAGGUAGGCUAGCUAGAAAUGAGUUGAUUGAAUUUCUGGCAAAUGAUGUUGUUAAGGAUGGAGUUGUUAGUAGCCAGGUGAAGGGAGUUCAAGUGCAGUUUGAUGCUGUGAAACUGGGAGAGAUUCUGGAUAUACCCUCUGAAGGGUUUGAUGACUAUACUAGGAAAAGGUGGCCAUGCCUGGACUCCCUCCCCACUGCCCUUGAAAUCACCAAAAGGUUCUGUGAUUCAGAGAAUGUGAAUAAAGCCAGAUCUGUGCAGAAAAGUGAGAUGAGGCCUCAACACAAGGUGGUGUUUGAGUUUGCCAACAAGUGCUUAUUGCCAAGACAGGAGAGAAGGCACACUACCAACUACAUGGAUCUGGUUCUUAUGGAAUGCCUGGAGAGAGGAAAGCAAAUCAACUGGCCUGCCCUCACAGUCAAACUGCUAGACAGGGUCAUAAAUGGUUCCAAGGCUCAUUCUACCCCAUAUGGCUUCAUACUAACCACAGUUCUGGAUAGGCUAAAUGUGCCUCUAAAGAAAUAG